AUGUGCAAGAAGAUCGUCUCCCGGUGCUGUCACUGUGGUGAUAAUCUUGGAACGUAUUUCAUACCUUGUAACAGCUGGCACGCCUUGGCACAAAUGGACGACCGCGAGGGACGAGAUCUCCCGAAAGCAUGGGAUUGCAAGUAUUUUACCAAAGAGUUUCAGCCUAUGCUCACAGGCUGCCCAAACAAUGACACCUGCCCUUCGUGGUUUGGGAAUAUCUUAUGGGGUUUUGGAGACGCCUGGAAUGAGGGUCCUGCAAUCAGAAUGGCCCGUGGCUUUGUCGCUCAGGAGAAGUUGAAGGGGUGGGAGGCUCAGUUUGCUCGUAAGUAUUUUGAGAAGAAGCCUAUUCCGCCUCGCAAGGAACCUGAGGGAUUCAUGUUCUUGAUUCGGCAAGAUUUGAUGGGAGACCUUGAAUCUGUCACGUCUAUUGACAAUCUCGAGUCUGCAGAUGCAGCCCCUGGAGACGGGGGUAAUCAACAUAACCAUGAAGAUAGUUAUGAUGCUGACAGCGAGAAUUCCGCCGAAGACGCUUCCAACGAGACCUCCCAGGUUGACCCCGAAGAUCUAUUCUACGGUGAUGUCAUCGAGGAGACCGAUGGUGAAGCUGAGGUUAAAAUUCCUGAACGCAAGCUCGUUGUUCGAGGGUAUGAAGAUCCUGCAGCCCCUAUCUUGAACUUGUUCCACCCUAUGAUGGACCUGGGACGUGAUAGUGAUUUUGUUGACUAA